GGCAUUUCCAGGGUGAUGCCGAUUGUUCUGUGGAAGCACAAUGGAGCAGAAGUGAUCCUUGGCAAAAUAUCCACAGACACACACACACACACACAGAGAUUUUGAAUAUAAACACCAACUCACUGAUACACGGACAGGCAUUCAUCGAUUAUUAUUUUUUUACUGGAAAAAAAAAAAAAAAUCAACAUAAGGAUUCAAUCAAGCCGCUGUGUGCUGAUCAAUGGAGUUCCCAUUUGAUAUCAACUCAUUUUUCGGCCAUCAGAUUUCGGUCCUCGACCAGAACCUGACGGCAACUCGUAAAUGCUGGGGCAGGGCUGAUUUUCAGCAUCAGAUGGCGACUGUUAUAGAUGAGCUAGGGAAGGCUUCUGCCAAGGCCCAGCAGUUACAAGUCCCCAUCACCAGUGCAGUCAAGAUGCAGUCCAGUCGGCAUCACUUAUAUGUGCUCAAGGAUGGAGAGGCCAACAAUGGUCGAGGAGUUGCCAUCGGGUUCCUUAAAGUUGGCUACAAGAAACUUUUUGUUCUGGAUCAUGGCGGUGCACACAAUGAAGUGGAGCCGCUGUGCGUGUUGGAUUUCUACGUACACGAGUCCUUGCAGAGGCACGGAUAUGGCAAGAGGCUGUUCAAUCACAUGCUGGAGAAUGAACGAGUGGAGGCCCACCUGCUUGCCUACGACCGACCCUCCCAGAAAUUCCUCUCCUUCCUCAGGAAGCACUAUGGGCUUGCUGCUUCUAUCCCACAGGUGAACAACUUUGUGGUGUUUGAUGGCUUUUUCAGAGGAAGAUCCGUUGAAGCCAGGAAAUUACCUCCUAAAAGACAGGACGGGGAGAUUAAACCCUACUCCCUCACUGAUAGAGAGGUCCUGAAGGAGGAGGGGAAGGGGCUGCCUUGGCCUUUCAGCCAGUCUCCCUCUCUGACACGUUCUCACAGUGUGGGCUCCUCCCCCAGCCGGCACCCGGCCCGUACCUGUCCAUCCGCAGGCCUGCGGGAACCAAGAAUGGAGCAGCCUCGACCGGAACUCUUGAACGGAGAACAGCACCACAACUCUGCUGCAGAACUGAGGAGACGCACCAGCUCCCUAAACCGCUCCCAGUUGUCCUUUCAAUGACUUCACCUGACAUUUGACCCUCGUUCUCCCACAAAAUUCCACGGAACAGGAGUUUCUUAAUUUUUAACUGUUCGUUUUUUUGUUUUGUUUUCUACGUUUCGGAACAAACUCUUCGAUUUCUUUUUUUAAAAAACUGGACACUGUGAUUUGUGUUUCGUACUUGUAUUCCUUUUUAUAUUUAAAUCUGAUAAUCUGCUGUUGAUUUUAUAAAAACACGUUCGUUGUUAAACUGCACUUUUUAACAUUUUGUUAAUGUGUGUCCUUUUUUUUUUUAAAACAUCGUGGACAGAUAUUACAAAGUUUUCCAAUGGUAUAAUCAGUUUUUUUUUUUUUUUUUUUGCACUCAAUUUUUAACCCUUAAUUAAGCAUUGUGAUCAGGUGUAUUACUACAAUUUUAUACGCGAUUAAUCGAUUGAUAACAUUCUCAGAUUUGAUCGCUUUACCGUUUGAUGGGACAGAACAGGUCGUUGCCGUGCCAAUGCCAGAUAAAUGCCAGAUUUUGUAAACUGUUGAACAUUUUUAUUUAAAUGGCAGCUUAAUUACAGCAUGAGGAUAUCGCACGGUCGACUGACUUUUCUUGUGACCCAAUGAGCCUGUUUCGAUUUCCGCAGCCAAUUUGUGACUGAACAUAUCUAGCAAAGCAAAGAUCCCUAUCUGAAGGGCAUUAGUGUCUGGUAGUUGACAGUGUUGGAAAGAAAGAUCCCAAGAUGCAGGCAGGAUUUCUGGAUGAACAAGGUUUCUUAUUGUCGUUAGUCAUAUGACACUGAAUUCAAUCUUCUGAUUUGGCUACUGGAAAAUCGUUUUUCACAAGUCAUGUAGAUCUGCCAGCUGUUGCUAGCUCAUGUGCUUGCCUAUACUGUAUUUAAGUUGAUGUGAAGGGUAAAUACAUUAGAAUUUUGUCAUGAAAAUAUGAAUGAGAACUGACCACUGUUAAGGAUUAGUCACAUUUUUGUACAUCUUAAACUGUCUACAGAUGUCAUCCCUUGCAUAGAUAGGGAAUGAAAGUUUUAGAUUAGUUUUAGAUUAGUAUAUUACAGAGGAAAUCUCUGUUCAGUUGUCUGUACCCUUCACAAAUUCUGCUCCUUGAUUAAGCUAUGCGCUUUGUUGUUUCUUUCCUAUCUUGAUACCCCCGUACGUUUUCAGUCGUGAGCCCUUGUUCCCUCUCUUAAAUAAAUUCUAUUCCUACUGGAAAUUACCUUGUUGUGUGGUUUAUGGUUUAGCUUUUGAAUAUGUAAAUAUAAAAACCCUAAACCAGCCAAAUUCAAACGAGAGGUUAAACAACGUGAAAUGAGUGUGUUUGAACAUGUCUUGCAGCGUCGAAAUGUGAAACUAGUGUCUUGAUUAAUUAGGUAUAGUGGUUGGCAUGAAAGCAUAUAUAUAAAAAAAAUAAAUAAAAAAAUUGAAACCUAAUCAACUUGUGAAAAUGGAGUUGAUAAUUAGUUUAGUCUCAAUUUAAGGCGUGCACACAGUGUGAAUGCAGUCAUUCUGGUUCUACCAUAGAACAAAUUAAAUUUACAUGCAACACAGCAUACCAGAUACCAGCAAUACAACAGUUAUGACAUCAAGGUCCAGUUAUAAUAUCUAAUAGCUGUAGAGCUAAGUGUGUGGAGCCUUAUGUAAAAAUAAUAAAAAUAAAACUCCUCCCCCUUGCACUCUGUGCAUGAUGUUCUCAAAAUGGAGAAUGGAGGUUUGAGAUUGAGUUUAAAUUUUAUUUUGAUAUAUAAAAUAUUACAAUGUGCUAAGCAGGCAUGUGCUAGCCUCUCAUGUGUUAAACUUCCUGAUGCCUGAAGAUUAAAACCCAUCUAGGUGCUGCAGCUUUAAUUUGCUGACAGAGUAGGUUUGGUGCUGUCAACGUAGCCCAGUUAACAUUAGUCCACAUUACUACAACCUAUUGAAACUUCAAUGAACUGGGCCCACGGUGCAUUUCCAGAACCCCUUCCCAAUACCCUGCCUGUAGUAGCCCACCUCAUUGCAUUAUAUUUAUUUAUAUGUUUUUUAUUUUUGGUUUAUGUUUUGUAUAUAGUUUCUUUUUUCAUCAUUCCCCCCUCCCCCUUCUCAAUUUUUUUUUUCAAUGUUUCUUUGGUCCCUUCCCAUUUUCCUCCUCGUUCCUCUAUCCCUUCCCCCUCCACUCCUCUGCCCCCUUUCUCUCCUUU